CUUUUAGUGUCAGUCUCACUCACUCACUCAACAUCGUUUCAGGUUUCAGAGCAAAAAAAAGUCUCUAAACCCAAAGCCUCCACUCAAUUGCAUACUUCAAAAACUGAGCUUCUUCUUCUUCUUUCAAAAGCUUAAAAGUUAUCAAAAACCCUUCUCUCCGCUUUUACCCAUUUCUCUUCUUCUUCUUUCUUCUUAAGCCAUGACUAAAGACGAAGACUUUAAGCUCCUAAAGGUCCAGACAUAUUCACUCAGAGUCAACAUCCAUUGUGAAGGUUGUAACCAGAAAGUCAAGAAGCUUCUUCAGAGGAUCGAAGGAGUUUACCACGUGAAGAUAGAAGCAGAGCAUCAAAAGGUAACCGUUUCAGGCUCAGUUGACUCAGCCACACUCAUCAACAAGCUCAUUAAAGCAGGCAAACACGCCGAGCUCUGGUCUCCAAAUCCUAAGCCCAACUCUCAGCAGCCUCAGAAGCCCAAGACUAAUGACGUCAUCAAGAACGCGAGUCAAAAGGGUCAGAAGCAAGGCUCAGCCAAAACUGGUCUCGAGGCUUUCAAGCCCAAGAACAACCCUAAAGGUACGGCCUUUACUACCGAGGAAGAAGAUGACGACGGCGGAGAAGAGGAAGAAGACGGAGAGGUCCAGUUACCGAAACCGGCGAAUCAACCGCAACAAACCAUCGUCAACUCCAAGAAAAACGGUGGAGGAGGAGCCCCAAUUAACAACGGAGUCAACGCAUCGAAGAAAGUCAACCAAAAACAGAGCAGCCAGAACCAGAACAGCCAAGCGAUGGCAGCGGCUAUGAGAAUGAGUAACGCCGGAAAAAUGAGCUCUGGUGUCGAAAGCAACGAGAUUGGAGCUCUCAUGGGUCUCGCUGGAUUCAACGGCGCAGCAAACGCUGCCGUGAACCCCAUUCCAAAUGGGAUUCAACAACUUCAAGCUCCACCGUUAAACAACAUUAACGGCGUCGCUAAUCAGAGCCUAAACAUUGGUAACGGACCAGGAGGCAUGAUGAUGAACAUGAAUGGAUACAACAAUCAUCUUCCAAUGAACAUGCAGAACAGGCAGUUGAUGCAUCAUCACCAGCCUCAACAAAUGAUAUACCAAAGAUCAGCUUUUGUUCCAGCAUCAAGCAAUGGGUAUUAUUACAAUUGUACCCCUAAUCCUUACGGUUAUUAUCCUUAUUACCCUUACCCAACUGAACAGCAGCAAAGUAGCCAUGCAUCUGCUACAAACAUCUCUAGCGAUGAAGACGCUAGCAAUAACAACAGCUGCAACAUCAUGUAAAUGUGGUUGCUUGAUACAAAAGCUAUCGUUAUGCUUCCAGGAACAAGACUAAAAAAAGUUUAAUCCUUUGUUUUGUUAAUGGCUAAUGUGAUAUAUUAUUAGUGUUUCUUUUCUCUUCUUUUUAUUAUCAGCCAAUGCUUCUUCUUUUUCUGCUUGUGUAAUGUAGCCAUUUUGGUCUGAUAUGAAGUUUGAUGGUAGAUAAAAAAUCCAAGGAUGUUGUGAUUCUCUUGAAAUAUUUGUUUGGCUUUGGUAACACAUUUAUGACUGGAC